AUGGCGGAUACAGGCCCGCCAAAAGGCAAACUCAAACUCAUGACCCCGUUCAAAAUCGCCGACGAUCCCCCGACCCCUCAACCCAUCCCCUCCCUCGUCCACCCCGAAAAGACCCCCGCGGAACGCGCAGCCGCCCGCUUCUCCCUGGCCGGCAAAAAAGCAAUCGUGACCGGCGGGGCCCAGGGUCUCGGCCUCGUCUGCGCGCGAGCGCUCCUCGAGCACGGCGUCGAGCAGCUGGCGGUCUUCGACGUCGACGCGGGCAUGGGCGGCCGGGCGUUGCAACACUUGGCCCGCGUCGUCGGCGAAGGAGCGAGGCCGGGGGUUCGGUUCGAGAAGGUCGACGUCACGGAUGAAGGCGCCGUCGAUGCGGCCGUCGCGCGGGUGGCGGCCGUCUUCGGCGGCGUCGACGUCCUGCUCUGCUUCGCCGGGAUCUCGGAGUCGAAACUCGCGGUCGAGUACGACAUCGGCUCCUGGCGUCGCAUCUUCGACGUCAAUGUCCACGGCUCCUUUCUCGUCGCCAGGGCCGUCGCUAGAGACGUCAUCGCCCGCAACCUCCCCUCCGCCUCCAUCGUCUUCACCGCCUCCAUGUCCGGCUACGUCGUCAACCAGCCCCAACCCCACUCCGCCUACGCCGUCUCCAAAGCCGGCGUCCACCACCUGGCCCGGUCCAUGGCCGGCGAGUGGGUCGGCCACGGCAUCCGGGUCAACAGCAUCAGUCCCGGCAUCAUGAACACGCGGCUGAGCGGGGGGCCGGGUCAGGCCGGGCUGAGGCAGUCGUGGCUGGAGAGGAGCCCGAUGGGGAUCGGGGAUCCGGAGGACUUGACCGGCGCGGUGGUUUUGCUUUGUGGUGAGGCGGGGAGGUUCAUCACGGGGACGGAUAUUAAGAUUGAUGGGGGUUAUACAAUUUUUUGA